UCACCCGCGGCCAAUGGGCGUGAGAAAGGUCCCAGUGCCCGGACCACCACCCUGCUGCUGGCGCUGCUGCUUGAGGCGAGUGCUGCUGGCCUGUGGGGAAGGGAAGCCGCUGGGCUGGUGGCUUGGGGGCGCUGCAUCGCCAUCAGUGUCCUCUGUGUCGGCACCAACACGGUCUCCCUUGGCACCCGCCUGAUGUACGAGAAUCAACCGAGGACACAAAGUCAUUGCUCAUGCGUGUGUUUGAGUUCCUUCUGGUGCCCACCUCGUUCUGCAUUAGCUGCGUCAUGAAUGGCUCUACAGCUCUCUUAUCCGGAUCGUGCUCGGCUCGCAAGUAGCGGUUCUGCUCGAUCUCUCCCUGGAGCGAGUGCACCAGGCUGAGGUUCUCCUCAACCAUGGCCAGCUGGUCGUCACUGUCAUUCUCGUCCGCAAUCCCGCCUCGAUUCCGCACCAUCUGACGGAGCUUCUGGCGCAUCAAGGUCUCGUCCAGUCCUGUCAGCUCAAUCGACUGGGGGCCGUCCUCAUCGCUGCUUCGCGAGGAUUGGGAGCUGUUAUAGGCGUACCCUGCUGCAGCUGAUGAGCCCCAUCUCACCCCGCGGCCAAUGGGCGUGAGAAAGGUCCCAGUGCCCGGGCCACCACCCUGCUGCUGGCGCUGCUGCUUGAGGCGAGUGCUGCUGGCCUGUGCCACAUCGGGGUUGAACUUGUUGUUGUGUGACGGCAAAGCAGGGGGAGGGUCCGGGUGGGUGUUGGGUGCGAUGGUCUGCGGCAACCAUCCGUCCCCCUGUCCGCUGCCACUGCCAACGCCCCACCGCCAUCCCUCGGUCGACGAAUGCGUGUCGUCGGAAUCGGUGUCCUUCGGUCACGUACGGACAAGGGGAUGGUUAGGCUAGAAGGCUCGCAGGUCUGUCUGUCAGCUGUUUGUCGCUCGCUCACCGGUUUGGUCGAUUUGUGACGCCACCCCUCAGGCACCUGACCCGCCUUGCCAUCCACCUCAACAGAAGCCUACACACACACGACACACACAGGGGUGAAUGACCCACCCAACGCGGUUCUGCGUGCGCGCAUACCUCCAUACGAGGCCGGCGACUGCUGGCCUCGUAGCACGUUAUGCCUUUCCCCUCAGCUGCAACACGCACAACGCAUACACAUGCGCUAUGCCUGCCGUCCACUGGAUCUCUUCUCUUUUGUGAAUGCAUGCAUGGUGGUCUCACCCUCCCGGCAUUCGAGGGCUUGGGGAGCAUGGCUCGUGCUGAACGCAAACCAAACAAGGAUGCCACGGCAAUGAGUAACGGCAUACCAACAGAUUCAGAUGCAUCUCGUCCAUCCCCGCAUCCCGCUGUGCGUGUUCUUACGUGAGGAGUACACCAAUUGGGAUUACAAGCGAGAAGGCCAGAGCCCCGACGAACACUAGCGAACGAGCGAGUUCUAUCAUAGUGCGUGUGUGUGUG